AUGCAUUCUUCUUGGUCAUUACUAUCGCUGGCGAUCUCUGCCGCUUCUGCCGCUCCCUCUCUGUCACGUAGAGCGGCACCUGCUGGUGCACCUGUUGUCAACUUGAAGAAUGGUUCAUACUAUGGUGUCCACAACAGUCAAUACAACCAGGACUUCUUCCUUGGCAUUCCAUUCGCUCAGCCUCCUGUCGAUGAGCUCCGCUUCGCCAAUCCCGAGUCCGUGAACUCGACAUGGACUGGUGCUCUGCCAGCAACCAACUAUGCCUUUGAGUGCGUCGGUUACGGAGGUGAUCAGAUUGGAUACCAACAAUCCGAGGACUGCUUGUACCUCAACGUCGUGCGACCUGCAGGCUACGAGAAUGUCAGCUUGCCAAUGCUUGUCUGGAUCCAUGGAGGCGGUUUCUACAUGGGUGGAGCUGUCGACAGAAGAUACAACCAGACUUUCCUUGUUGAGAACUCUGUCAAGAUUGGCAAGCCCAUCAUGGCUGCCAGUGUUGCUUACAGACUUGGGCCCUUCGGUUUCCUCAACGGUGAUGAGGUCGCCGGUGCCGGUCAGACCAACAUUGGUCUCAAGGAUCAACGCAAGGCUCUGCAGUGGCUUCAGGAGAACGGAGCUGCCUUCGGUGCCGACACCAGCAAGAUAACUAUACAUGGCGAGAGUGCCGGAGCAGCAUCUGUGGGCUUCCAAUUGACUGCAUUCAAUGGACGUGACGAUAAGCUGUUCCGUGGUGCUAUCAUGGAGUCAGGAAAUCCUAUUUCUUAUGGCGCACUCAACACCUCAGGUGAGUAUCAACCUAAGUUCGCAGCUCUCGGUCAGGCAGCUGGUUGUGGAAACUCGACCAGCACUCUUGACUGCCUGCGCGCCCUGCCUUUCACCGUCCUCAACAACGUCUUGAACACCACUCAGUUUAAUAGCGGCUGGAAUCCUGCUCUAGAUGGUGAUUUCAUCGCUCGUUACGGCAGUGAGCAACUCGCCGACGGAGCCUUUGUCCACGUACCUAUCAUUGACGGCGCAAACUCGGACGAGGGUGUUUCAUUCAGUCCCUAUGGUAUAAACUCGACCGCCGACCUCGAAAAGUACCUGAACACCACUUCCUCUACUCAAUGGGCUCUCAGCCCUGACGUUGUCGAGGGCCUGCUCCGUGUAUACACUUCAGGCCAACCCGAUUACCUGAUCCCCUCGACCCAAGAACUGGGCCAGAAUGUCACUUCUCUAGGCCCUGCUUUUGGACCUUAUUACCGUGCAUCCGCAGCUUACUUUGGCGACGAAGUAUUCAUUGCUAACCGCCGCAAGACCUGCGAGAUCUGGGCUGCCAACAACGUCUCAGCCUACUCGUACCGCUUCAACGCCAUUCCCACUGGCUCUUCAUACGUCGCCCAUUUCCAGGAAGUGGCCUUUGUAUUCAACAACCUCAAUGGUCUGGGAUACGCCGUCGACCCCUUUGCCAACAAGUCCUCUGCUUUCACCGAGCUGUCAGACUUUAUGAGCAAGAGUUGGGUUACUUUUGUUCACGACCUGAACCCCAACGGCUAUGCUGGCAAGAACUCGAGCUUACCCAACUGGCCGGUGUACAGUGUUGACGCACCGCAGAACAUGGUGUUUGAUGCCAAUGUUACUAGCUACGCUGAGCCUGACACUUGGAGAGCUGAGGGCAUCAAGUUGAUUAGCGAUAACAAUGUUCAGUACCAUAGAUAA